CCCGUUUGCAGUACUUAACGGGGUGGAUAUGACACAUCCAAAAUGGCAGACUUGCAGUCGUAUCGCAGCCACACACCAACUCGCUCAUGGCGUGGGUCGAAAUCAUCGAUAAUCAACUCUACUGAGCGCAUGGAGCGCGAUAUCUUACGUCGACGUCAUCGCCAUAUUGGAUGUGGCAACGAGAGCGAGAAAGGGAGAGCGGGAGAGAGUCGGGCGGAGGCAGCUGAGCGGCGCACUCAGUCGGGUCGAGAGGCAGGAAAUGGACAUCAGCAGCGGGGACGCCGAGGGCCCACCUCCCCCAGAUGGAAAGUGUCCCCGCCUUGCCGCCAAGAGUCAGGAGGAGAAGGAAGACGAAGAAGAGGAAAAGGAAGGCAGGAAGAGGCCGGCGCCGAGGGCCAAGCGAGAGCGGCGUCAAGGCGGCGCCCGCGCCACCGUGUGCCAGGUGUGCAGCAUCCGUCUCAACUCCGGGGCCCAGGCCCAGAUCCACUACAAGGGCAAGACGCACCAGAGGAGACUGCGGAGACUGGCCAAGGUGCUCGGCACGGGUGGCGUGUCCCACCACCAGGUCCAGCCGCUGCUGGCUUCCCCGCCGCUGUCGGGCCGAGCAAGCCUCCAGCCGCACAACCGCCUGGAGCACUUCUUGGCCCUCAGGAUCGGCGCCUCGUCGCCACUCGGCCUUUUCCCAAAUUUCAACGCGAUGGAUCCAGUGCAACGAGCGGUGAUCAACCACACCUUCGGCAUCGCCCCAGCCAAGAGGAGAACCCCCAUCUCCUGUAAUCUUUGUCACCUGCGCUUUAACUCGGCUAACCAGGCCGAGGCCCACUACAAGGGUCACAAACACAUUCGCAAGCUGAAGGCCAUCGAGAACCAAAGGAACCGGCAGAAGAGCAAGCAGAACCCAUCCGCAGCGGAAAAGGAAAAGGAGAAGGAGAAGGGGCCAGCGGGAGCAAGUGGAACACCAACAGGCUUGAAUUCAGACGACAGAACAGACUUACGAAGCGUAGCGCCACGACCGGAAAAGCGGCAUGGGCGUUCCCCGGACCCCGCUCUCUCCGGUCCAGACACUUCUGCAAAUCACCCUCCUCAGCUGUCCCCUCCGCUUCCCCAUUCGACACGAGAGGAGACACCGAUGGAAGGCUGCGGAGCGGCUCCCCAUUCGGCGGCGCAGCCCGACCCUCGGGGGCCCCCUGCUGGCAAGGAAGAGAAUAAGGAGGUGGCGGUGGAGGAGAAGGAGGCCCCCAAAAGACGGCUCCACUGUCCCACGUGCAAAGUGACGGUGAACUCCAGCUCCCAACUGGAAGCUCACUGCAGUGGCUCCAAACACAAGCAGAUGCUGCACAGUCCCGACAGCAGCCAGUCGUCGCACCGCAGGGCGAAGAGGGUGUCCUCGCCGAGACUUCCCUGCCGAAUAAUGAAGCAGCGGAUGGGCGCCAACCGGGCCGGGGCGGCGACGGGCUUCGCCGGCCAGCGUUUUCACUGUCAACUGUGCCAGGUGGCCGUCAACUCGGAGUCGCAGCUCAAACAGCACAUGAACAGCAGGAGACAUAAAGAGCAUUUGGCCGGGAAGCCUGUGAGGGUGAAGGCCAAAAUCACACCCUAUAAUAAACUGCAGCCCAGCACUGCUUUAGCGACGAAGCUGGCCUUGCAGAAGCAGCUGUCCAAGGCCCUGCCGGCGGGGUUCUUGAGCAGCAGCCUCAAUCCCGCUGCCCUGUGCACUUUGGCGUCCUCACCGCUGGCACUACGACUUCCGCAGGGGCCCACGGCCAUCAUCCACAAUCCCUUGAUAAGCCCCGCCCUUUUUAGGCCUGCUCCGGGACCCCUCAGGCCCGCACACCCGCCCAUUAUUUUCUCUCCUUAUUGACCAUGAGGACAAAAUGCCACAUUGGACACAUCGUCAAUACGGUCUGCACACGCGCCAACUCAAUACGGUGCGUCUUUGACUUAUAGGUGUCCCAAUUGACAAGUAGAAAAUUGCAUUCUACCACAUUGCAAUUCAAUUUGAUCAAAUGUUGGAACCUAAUUUCAAUGGGGGAAAUCUCAUUUCAUAUAUGAGAAAAUGGAGCUCCUAAGUCAAGGUGAAGGUGAAGGACCAUCCAUCGCUCAGCUGUUUGAGUGCAUGUUCCCUGGGGUCUGACCCUAUUGGAAGCCAUAAUGGUGAAUAUACUUUGUUUUAUUUACCAGAACAUUCUGUCGUGACACAAGAGUGUGCACCAAUUAUACUUCUGUUGCCAAAUUUGAGAGAUUUCUAGUUGUACUCUGGGAAAACGGUGUGAAUCCUGGAUUAGACUCCGUAUAUCAAUCACAUGUCUUACGAAGCAAAAAAAUAAUAAUAAUAAUAAAUAGCUGAGUCACUUUGCAUUGUAGGGUCGUCAUCAUCAAACCCCCUUUUUUGGGGAACCUUUUUCCCAAAUUCUUCAAACACUUUCCUGUUAUGCUUUUUGCGCAAUAUCAAGAGUCAAGACACAAGAUGAGAAAAAUCCAAUUUCAUGAUCUGUGUUUUACUGUAUCUGUCAAAUGUUUUUUAAGUAGCUUUUCCAUCUAGGCGUAACUAUCCAUCAAGUGCAAUAAUGUAGGUUACAAUGUGAUAAAUGUGUUCAUGUGUGCAUAAUGUAUUCAUUUUUCUGUAGUACUGUUUGUACCCAGUCACGGUUGCGUUUAUUUUCCCUGCAUUGAAACAAUCCAAAUUAAAAUAUAUUAUUCUUA